GUGAUCAUGGAAAAAGGCGAUGAGGCCACACGGAGCGUCGGGAAAUAAACAGCAAAAUGGACGAUGAUCUGUUCCAGCUGAGACAGUUGCCAACACAACAAACUCACAUUGUAUCAAAGCGGCAGCGUCAUGUGAUGCAAACCCACAUUAAGACGACCUGAAGACAUCGCUGGAUGGAAUCGUCAAAAUCAUCGGGCGGUCUGAAGCCGUGUCGUGGCAUUUGCGUGUGGUUUGUCUGCUGGAAGGAGGCUGCUUUGCUCUGAUUUAGACGAUGAGUUCUCAACUGCCAUGACUCAGUUGAGCACUUAAUCUCGCAGCCUUGUCGCCAGUGGCCUCGUGAAAGCGCACACAGUCGCCUUGCAAUCAAACAUUAGAUAAAACAGAGUCUUCACCACUCCUUUUACAGCUGCUACUGUAUUUGUUGCUGUAUAGUUGGUAUGACGACAUUCACAAGACUGUAUACUGUAGAGUAGGGGUCAAAACACCUGCUGUGCAAUACUGAAAAAGCACAUACUGUAUGUACAAUCACAACAUUUUGGUGUUUUGCCUCUGUCGUUAACUUAAAAAAAAAAAAAAAAAAAAAAAUCACCAUGACAUAAUCUCACAGGAAAAAUGUUAUUCCUUAAUAGACAAGAGACAGGACAAGCACUUUGAGAGAAAUGAGAGACAAUUUAAUGAAAACUUGCAUGCAAGGUGAUAAUUUGAAUACAGCCACGUUGGCGGCUGCAAGGAAGUGCCCGAGUAUUCUUCUACGACUUAAUCAAACAUGAACAGAUAGUUAUCUUCUGCCUGGAUGCAACUGGCACCACCAAACAUAUCAUGUUUGGUCAUCACAUAGCCAAGAUGGAGACAGGACCAAGAUGACCUUUUCUUUUUCUUUUCACUAGAGCAGCGUUAUAAUUAACGGAAUAGAAAACAUACAAAGAAAUAUGUCUGGCAUAUGAUAUUUAUUAUAUGUUACACAAAAACUGUUGCGUGAAACUGGUAUGACUGACAUUAGAUAGAGGCACACCCUGGACUGGUCACCACAUCUAGAAACACAACCAUUCACAAUCACAUUCACUCCUAUGGGCAAUUUAGAGUCUUCAAAGAAGAUAAGAAACGUGUUCUAGGGACGUGGAAGGAAGCCAGAGAAAACCCACGCAUCUCCCAUGCUAAUCUGCAGCAUGUAGAAUUGAAUGUUGUGCGCUGUGGUGGGAGAAAAUUGCACUUUCCAUCUGUGGAAAACUUGCACAGUUUGUGGUGUUUUUAGGCUGCAGAGCUGUCACGUCAAAGAGGACAAUGUUAUUGAAUCUUUCGUACAUUUCAUUAAUAGACUCAUAUUUAUUGGUGGAAAAACAUGUUACCCAAGGAGCGGCCCUUGAUAUUUGUUCUCAGCCUUGCCUUCCCUUGUUGUGUAAUUGUAUCCUCUAGCACAUGUGCAGUUGAAUCAGGUCAGAUCCAAACUUCAGCGUGAAAAUACCGAACCUCAACGCAGCUUCCGAUGCCUCAAACAGAGCAACUUUCCAAUAAAACUGACCGAGAAUUGAUUGUCAUUUCAUGCGCGGAUGGAUUCCUCCAGGAUUUGACAUUUCAUUUCUAGUGUCGUCCGCUUCCGUCACACCGGUGAGAGCACGCGCUCGGAGGAUGACGCCGAAAGUCGAGAGCCCUAUGCAGCGGUGCGGGUGGCGGAGCAGAAAGAGAUGGAGUCCGUGGCCCUUGCAGAUGGAGCUCCUGUCCCUCGGGAGUUUGCCAACCCAACUGAUGACACGUUCAUGGUCGAGGAUGCUGUGGAGGCCAUCGGCUUUGGGACCUUCCAGUGGAAGCUCUCCAUCCUCACUGGUUUGUCCUGGAUGGCAGACGCAAUGGAGAUGAUGAUUCUAAGCAUCUUAGCUCCACAGCUUCACUGCGAAUGGAGACUACCAAGUCUGGAGGUGGCACUUCUUACAUCGGCGGUGUUUAUUGGAAUGAUGAUCAGCUCCACCCUUUGGGGAAACAUAUCUGACAAGUACGGAAGAAAGACGGGUCUGACAAUGAGCGUGUUGUGGACGAUGUUCUAUGGUCUGAUGAGUGCCUUUGCUCCCAUCUAUGGUUGGAUCCUCUUCCUCCGUGCUCUGGUGGGCUUUGGCAUCGGCGGAGCCCCGCAAUCGGUCACACUCUAUGCUGAGUUUCUUCCCAUGAAGUCCAGAGCAACUUGUAUAUUGCUAAUUGAGAUAUUCUGGGCACUGGGCACAGUGUUUGAGGUCCUUCUUGCUAUUCUAGUGAUGCCUUCUCUGGGCUGGCGUUGGCUUCUGGGCCUCUCGACCAUCCCCCUUUUCAUCUUUGCCAUCCUAUGUUUUUGGCUACCUGAGAGUGCCCGAUAUGAUGUGUUGACGGGGAAUCAAGAAAAAGCUCUGGCUACUUUGAAGCGCAUUGCCAUAGAGAAUGGCGUGCCCAUGCCACUGGGAAAACUCAUUGCUGCCAAACAAGAGGAUCGUGGGAAGAUUCGAGACUUGUUCUCAUCGCAAUUCCGGUGGACAACAGUCCUUCUGUGGUUUAUUUGGUUUGCAAACGCCUUCUCGUAUUACGGCCUUGUGUUGCUCACCACGGAGCUCUUUCAGGAGGGAGGUACAUGUGGAAUGUCCAAAGGUAAUAAGAUGGAGCUCAGAUGCAGCCUGGAGUGUAAAUAUUUGAACAGUGAUGACUACAAAGACCUGUUGUGGACAACUUUAUCAGAAUUCCCAGGACUGUUGGUGACUUUGUGGGCGAUCGAUCGCUUAGGAAGGAGGAAGACCAUGGCCUUGUGUUUCCUUGUCUUCUCUCUGUGCAUCAUUCCGCUCUAUGGUUGUGUGGGGAGAGCGUCCAUGACAGUGCUGAUAUUCAUUGCCAGAGCUUUCAUCGCUGGGGGAUUCCAGGCUGCCUAUGUGUAUACUCCAGAGGUUUAUCCAACUGCAAACAGGGCUUUAGGUUUGGGAACAAGCAGUGGCAUGGCGAGAGUUGGUGCCCUCAUCACACCUUUUGUCGCACAGGUGUUGUUGGAGUCGUCCGUGUAUUUGGCUCUCUCGGUGUACUGCUGCUGCUGUCUGCUCGCCGCCAUCGCCUCUUGCGCGCUGCCGAUUGAGACAACGGGACGAGGCCUGCAGGAGUCCGACCACCGUCAGUGGGGCCAGGAGAUGACGGGCCGGGCCUCCUCCUCCUCACAAACCUCAGGGCCAAUCCCUCAUUCCAGUUCCGGCUCCCAGGGCUGAGCAAUGUUUGAGAUUAUUAGAGUGAAGAGUGAAAGACAAAAAGCUAGAGCAGCUUUUCGCAUGCAUCUCAAGUCUCAUAAACAGUUUAGCCACUAAAAUGACUUCAGAGAGGCAGACAGCACAAAAUGUCAUGUCACUGCACUUAAGAGUCUUCAACCACCAUUGCCAUCCAUUUUGCCACUGUAUACCUUCAACAGAAUGGCUGGAAUGCAUGGCAUUCAGACCUGACAGAAGAAUGGGUGAGGACAAAUGAGAUCUGAGAAAUUCAGAAAAAGCGAUACGGAAGCUGUAGAGUCCAUGAGAAAAAAAAAAAAAAAAAAAAGUUCUCAUCUUGCUGUGCGAUGCAAAUGAAAAGGUUAAACAAGCUAUGGUCGAAGAAUUAUAAAAAUAAUAAACUUCAAAAACAACAAUUAAAAAAGCCUUACAACUAUUAAUCUACCUAGAAAAUAUCUACUUCAGCACAAUCUCAAUACAUUUUUUUCAUUCAUUGAACUGCAGAAUGAAGCAAAUAGCCAAAUAAUAAAUUGUUCUGUUUACAUCAUAAUGAUGGUUCCCAAGUGUAAACGUGAACACCAAUUUGUAAAAAAAAAAAAAAAUAAUAAUAAUAAUUAGUAAAGACAAUUUAAGUAGCAAUAUUCAUUUAUGCCAUGACCAUUUUUUGACAAUGACAAUAUUAAAAUGUGUUGACCCUUUCAUCACAGUAUGUAGUAUGUACUGUGUGUGUUGUCUGCGAUAUUUCUGAAAUUAGAACUCCAUAGAACUCGCAUUGCACUGGAAAAUACAUGAAUGGAGAUUCAAGUAUGGGAGAACUGUUUUUUUAUUUACUUUCAUCACAUGAUACAAUGCUUAAUCAGCCUGAUUAAAAAGAACAUACUGUAAUUACAAUACUUGUAAUGUGACACUACGUGCUGAUGGGAUCUCAGUGGGUUCUUAACAUCAAACUGCAUCUACAGUAUUUGUUUACUUUAGAUGAAACUCACAGUCGUUUAACCAAAUUUAUACCUCUGUAAAUAAUUCAUCAAAUGUCAUUGUUUCGUUGGAAAGAGGUGAUAUGGAGAGUUAUGGAUUUUCUCACUUAUUGUAUCAACUGUUUGGAAAAAUAAGCUGCUGGUUAUUACAGUAUUUAAUCAGUAUUAAGAUGUACUGAAUCUUGUCAACACACUUAAUGUAAAUGUACCACAUCAUGCCAGUAAAAUCUUUGUAAAAGAUGA